AUGUCGUUGGCAGAGUUCGACGAAAUCAAGUAUGAUCACUCUACAAAAAGGUUGGAUACUCCCUCUAGUUAUUUGUUGAAAAAAGCUAGGAAAAAUCCGAAUGGAUUGGAUGAGUUACGGCAAUCGAUGAAAUCUGCGACCAUUUACGUGGGCAAUCUAUCGUUUUACACUUCUGAGGAACAAAUAUAUGAACUUUUCAGUAAAUGUGGUACAAUCAAGCGAAUUGUGAUGGGUUUAGAUCGUUUCAAAUUUACGCCUUGUGGAUUUUGUUUUAUCAUUUACAAUAAACCAGAAGAGGCAUUGAAUGCUGUGAAAUAUCUCAGUGACACCAAGCUUGAUGAUAGGAACAUCACGAUUGACAUAGAUCCCGGGUUCGAGGAUGGCAGACAAUUCGGUCGUGGCAAGAGCGGAGGACAAGUGAGUGACGAGCUGAGGUUUGAGUACGAUGCCUCAAGGGGAGGAUUUGCUGUGCCAUUUGCAGAGCGUGUAGGCAGUGGCAGUAGCAAUGGCGGCAGUGGCUACGGUGGCCAUAGACACUCCAGGCAUCACGGACACUUUGGUGGGCGCAGAGGAAGAAAUGACUACGUCCGACCACCAGAUGCCAUGGGUUCUUUUAGACCACCUGAGCAACAAGACGAGCAGGAUGAUGAUAAUUACGUUCCUCAGUGA